AUGAAUGAAAAUAAUGUAAAAGAAAUGAAUAAUAAAAAUGAGAAUAAAAUUUCUAAGAAAGGAAAUGAGAAUUUAUACAAAAAAAACGGUGAUGAAAAAUUAAGUGAAACAGCUAAUUAUAAAAAAUCAAAAAAGUCAUCAUAUAUAGAUAACUUGUAUAACAAAAAGUUAAAUUUAUGCGAAGAUAAAAUAUCCUAUUGUGAUAAGAAAAAAAAGGAAAACACAAAUGUUGAUGAAGAAAAAAAGAAAGUAACAGUUGUAGAAGUGGGAAAAAAUAACAUAUCGAAUGUAGAACUACAAAAAAAUAAUAUAACAAAUGUAAAAGUACAAAAAAAUAACAUAACAAAUGUAAAAGAAGAAGUUGAAAAUAAAUCAUCCAUGUGUAAAAAUGUGUUAUCUACAAAAAGGUUGAAUGAUGUUCAAAAAGAUAAAUACAACAUUCGUGAUAUUAAAGGAAAAAAUAACAUUAAAAAUAACACAUCAUCACCAUAUAAAAAAACAUUAUCUUUACAAAACGUAAAGAAAAAUCCUUUGUCAUAUUCCAAUGAUAAAAUUGGAAAGAAUAAUUCUCAAGAUCUAGAAGUUCAUAAGGAUACAUUUUCUACUACAAAAGGGAAUAGUCUUAGUUUUGAUGGGAUAAAUAUGAAUAAUAUAAAAUUGAAUAUAACGCAUAAUGUAAAUGAUAAUAAUGAUGAUAAUGAUGAUGAUAAUGAUAAUAAUGAUGAUGAUAAUGAUAAUAAUGAUGAUGAUGAUAAUGAUAAUAAUGAUGAUGAUAAUAAUCAUAAUAAUAAUCAUAAUAAUAAUCAUAAUAAUAAUUAUUAUAAUAAUACAAUAAAUGAAGAAAAAAACGAAAAAGAAGAAGUAUCAUUUAAUAUAUCUGAAACCCCCAAUGCUAUAGGAACUAAUAUGGGAAAUUAUAUUUCCCAGGAUAAAGAUAAUUACAAUAAAUCAUCUUUUGAUAAAAUUGACCUUGAUACUGCUAUAGGUAAUACUGAGAAGAAAGGUGGUUUAAAACAAGCGCUUAAUAUUUUUAAUGAGGAAAUAAAUAGUCAUGAUUUAAAAAGAAAUAACAAAGAUAUAAUCGCAAACAUUGAAAAAUCAUCUAAGUAUUAUAAAGAAAAAAAGGACAGUUUUUUGAGCACAUUAAACUUGAAAGGUCAUGAAAGAAAAGAAGUAUAUACUUCUAAUUUAAAUCAAGCUAAGGAUGAGGAAAUUAUGAUACAGACAAUUUUUAUCGAACAAAAUGAUAAUAAUGAUAAUGUACAAAAUAAAAUAGAUAGUAUUGAACAAACUAUAGAAGAAAAUAAAAAUGUUAAAUAUAAUAAUAUGUUAAGUAAUAAAACUGGAAAUAUAUUAAAAAAACAAAGUGAUAUACUACAAAAGCUAAUUUGUGAAGAAGAAAAUUACUCUUCAUCAUCUACAAAUGUGGCAAGCCAUAUUGUUAACAAACAUGCAGACAGUGAUUCACAUAAUAAAAAGGAUUAUGAAAUAGCGGAUGGUGGUAUUGUAGAAAACAAUAUAAAAAAUGACAAGUAUUUAGAUGAUCAAUUUGGAGAAAAUAAAUAUUUGGAUGAUCAAUUUGGAGAAAAUAAAUAUUUGGAUGAUCAUAUUCCAAGUGAUGAACUAACUUCCGAAAUACCGAAUAUUAUCAGUAUCCCUCAUAUACAAUUAAGCGAAGAUUCAUUAGAAAAUAUUAAAGAAAAGUUUGAUAAUGUUAGAUCAAAUUACGCGGAAGAUUUUGUAGAUAUAAAAAUAUAUGACGAAGAUUCUGAAAUAGAUGAUAUACAAAAUAACGAGCUGGAUUAUUUUUGGAAUAAUAAAGAUGUAUCGAAUAUAUUAAAUACGGAAAGUAAUACGGUAAUAAAAAGUUUUGAAGGAAAUAAUGAAGAGGAUGAAAAAAUAAUAUUGAAUAGUGAAGAGUGUAUUGAUGGUGUACGAAUAGGGCCAAUUGAUCUUCCAGAUUUUAAUAUAAAAAGGAAAAAUGAUAAAAUUAUAUUACGCCAAAUGAGAAGAAGUCGAAGUGAUAAUUUAUAUAAAAGGAAAAAUAUAGCUCAUCUUAUAAAUAAGAGAAAUACCAUGGAUAAUAUAGUAAAUAAUGAAAAUAUGGAAAUAUCGUCAUCAAAUAAUGAAUACAUAUAUAAUAAUAAUAAUAAUGAUAAUGAUAAUAAUAAUAAUUUAUUUUACGCUAAUAAUACGUUACCUGAAAAAAAUGAGGAACAAAGAGAUGAUAUGAAUAUAGGAGAUAAAUUAGAUAUUAUUAAAAAGAAGCUAGCUAUAAAUAAUAAUAUAGACAUUGAUAAUAUAAAUUAUGAACGUUUUGAUAUGUAUCAAGUCGAUUUUGAAAAAAUAGGUUUAAAUGUGAGUAAUUUAGAAAAAGAAGAAAAAUAUAUUUUGUUGUUAUAUAUUUCUGAAAAGAAGUUAGAAUAUGUAUGGAAUGAGAGAGAAGCUUUUAAGCGUGCUCAUUCGAAUAUAAAGAAUUUUCAGGUUAAUCAGAAUAAGAUGAGAGAAUUAAAAAAUGAGAAAAGAGAAAAUGCUGUAUUAAUUGAUACACAAUAUUUUAAAAGUAAUGACAUGAGAAAUUAUGAGACUUAUAUUUUGAAUAAGAAGAAUAAUAAGAAUGUAAAAUAUAAAUCUUCAAAUAAUAGUAGUACAAAUAAUACCAAUGUUUUUUCUAACAUUGGUAAGUCUAUAUCUGUAAGUUCAUCAUUUGAUAUGUGUGAAAAGAAAUAUAAUUCUAAAGAUUUUUCAUUAUUAUUAGAGAGGCAUAAAUAUAAUAAAAUGGGAAAUCAUGAAUAUGUCGAAAAAAUGAAUAGUGACGAUUAUAAUGAUAUUAUAAGUAGUGAUGAAAAGGUACAAGAUGUAGGUUUCUUCUUACCGUUUUAUCGUAAGUUAUUAAAAAAAUACGAGACAAUAAACAACGUGGUUAUAAAUAAUGAUACCGCUAGUAAUGAUGUUGUUGCAAAAAAAAAUAGUGCUACAAAUAAUAAUAUAUAUAAUAAUAAUAAUAAUAAUAAUAAUAAUAAUAAUAACAUUUGUAAUAAUAACAUUUGUAAUAAUAACAUUUGUGAUAAAAGGGACGAAGGUGAUAAUUCUUACAAAUAUAUGUCCAAUGAAAAAGCCUUAUUUGAAAAGUUCCUCAAAAGCUUCAUUUCUUUAUUUUUCCAAGAUGAAUGUAUUGAUCAAUUUUUAAACUAUUAUGACGAUAUGAAGACAUCGAAAAAUGAAGAAGAUGCCCUGUUAACACAUUCUUUGUGUAUAGAAUAUAUGUGUAAUUGUUUUGAAGAUAUAUAUGUACAAAAGGAUUAUAUUGAAACUGACGAAAAAAAAUUUUGGUUUUUACAUUUUUCUGAUAUUAUGAAAGAUAUAAUAAAUAAUUUUAUAGAAAAUCAGAAUUUAGUAAAUAAAAUAAGAAAGAUACAAAUAAUAAAUAAUAUAUUAAAAGAUGAGGUAAAAACAUAUUCAAUUAAGGUAGCGUAUGAGGACAUUUAUUUGAAUGUAUCUCAAAAUUUUAUUGAAGAUUAUGAAAACGUUAUAGUUAGUAAGGAUAUAGGAUUUUUUAAUUUAUAUAUGUUAGAUAAAAAUUAUAAGUAUAAUUAUCAUACAUAUACGAAACAGAGGUAUAAUCAGAAAAUGAAAAGGGAAAAAAGUAAUGAUGCUAUUAAUAAAUAUGUUGAUAGGUAUAAUCAAAUUAAUUAUACAAACUCAUUUUGGAGUUAUAUAUUUGGAUAUUUUAAUAAUAUAUAUAAUAAUUGGUCUCAAGAAAAAGAUGACACAGAUAAUUCUUCAUGUAGUAAUUCUACAGACUCUUUACAAAACGAUAUAAUAAUAAAUUCAUCAAAACUUGUUAUUCAAAAUUUUAGAAAUUCAGAUGAAGAAGAAAGUGCUGAUAUUUCAGUGACCACAGAUGAUCAGAAUUAUCCAAAUUUAGAGGAACAAAAGUGUAAGAAUAAAAAUAAAAGCAUUAUUAAAAAUGAGCAGGAUAUAGAAAAUCCAAUAUUGCAUAAGAGACCUAAACAAAGUCACGAAGAAAAAGUAAGUACAGAUGAAAUUCUAUUAAAAGGAAAUAAGAAGAAUAGAUAUAGAAAAAACAAAUAUAAAAAUGAUGAUUCAAAAAUAAUAAAGAACAUAAAAAGUGUGGAUACAAAUAUAUUGCAAAAUGAUGAAGGAGUAGAUACAAACAUUAAUAAUAAACAAUUAAAUAAUUAUAUGAAUAAUGAAAUAAAGUGUAGCUAUUUAGAAAAACAAGAUUAUAUAUUGGGUAGUUCCACAAAUAUAGAUGAGAGUAUAAUUGAGAGUAAUUUAUCAAAUGUUAGUUUUCAUAAUUCUGAAAAUUCAAACGAUAUAAAAUUGGAUGGAUUUUAUGUUGUUAAUAAGAAAGAAGAAAAGAAACAAAAUAUUACAAAAGAGGAAGAACAGUCAGAAAUGUUAAAUGAUAAUAUAAAUAAUAUAAAUAUUAUAAAUAAUAAUAAUAAUAACAAUAACAAUAAUAACAAUAAUAACAAUAAUAACAAUAAUAACAAUAAUAACAAUAAUAACAAUAAUAACAAUUAUAACAGUAGUAAUAAUAACAGUUGUAAUAAUAACAGUUGUAGUAAUAUAUAUAAGAACAGAAAUUGUCAUAUUUCUUCAUACAGAAAUUCUAAGUGUGAUAAUAAAAAAUAUCUAGGAAAUGUAGCUAAUUUAGUUUCAUUUCAAUAUAAAGGUUCCUUACCAAAAGAAAAUAUCAAUAACUUAAAAAAAAUAAAUAAAAAUAAAAAUGUCAUAGGUUGUUAUUUAUCAUCAUCGGAUGAUAGUUUAGUUGGAGUACAUAUUAAAAGUGAUAUGGUUCAAGAUUCUGUAGAUACACAUUUUGUUAUGGAAAGAUGUCGAAAAUAUAAUAAACAAAUAAAAAAAUCCUAUGUACAUAUUCUAAAUGCAAACAAAAAACAAUAUUUAGCUGUAAAUCUAAAUACAUACAAAAUCAUUUAUACAAAUAAAUAUGAUGAUACAAUAUAUAUGGAUGAAAAUAAUGAACAACAUAAAAUAUCUACAUAUUUCCAAUUACAAUCAAUAUCAGAUAUGAUGAAAAAUAUUUUGAUCGAAGAUAUUGUACAGAGUGUAGCUGAUAUAUUGUGUUGA